AUGUCCGCGGUUGCCUCCCACCUGCGCUCACUCUCCUUUCGACAUAUCCUGCUGUCCUCUGCUUUAUUACGCGUCGCGCUCGUGUUGUACAGCGAAUGGCAUGAUGCCCGUUCUGCAUUGAAGUACACGGACGUGGAUUAUCGCGUCUUCAGUGACGCGACUCGCUUUCUGCUGAAUCCAUCGGCGGAGGAAGGAAACGUAGCGCAAGGCCCCCUCGCCAGGCAACUGGGACUGAACAUCGGCGAUCCAUAUACGAGAGAAACAUACCGCUAUACCCCCUUGCUGGCCCUUUUGUUGUCACCGAAUGAAUGGGUGCACCAAUCCUUCGGCAAAUACCUAUUCUCAUUAUGUGACAUACUUGCCGGCCUCUUGCUCUUCCGCAUGCUCACGACCGUCAUCCUUCCGGAUCACAAACCCGAAGCCAUAAGGGUAAAGCCAAGCUCGGACGCGCGGAUCGAGAAACCCGCAAGCAAUCCAGUCUUUCACAAAGCAACACUCCUGUGCGCAAGCCACCUACUCAAUCCUAUGGUAUUCACCAUCUCGACGCGCGGAUCGUCGGAGGCGAUACUGCUCCUGCUCGUUCUUUCGACGCUUUACGCCGCGCUCCUGCGACGUUGGAACGUUGCUGCCGUCUUGCUUGGACUAAGCACCCACUGGAAGAUAUAUCCCGUCAUCUAUGGGGUUGCUUGUCUUGGUGUAAUCAGUGCAGAUUAUGGUUAUGGUCGCUGUCAUUUUGUCUGGACGCUGUUCAAUCGAAGAACGACGGUAUUCGCACUCAUCAGCGCCACGACCUUCUUCGCGUUAGGAGGUGCCAUGUAUCUCCUCUGGGGAUACCCGUUCAUAUACCAAUCGUACCUAUACCAUAUACACCGGAUCGAUCAUCGGCACAACUUUUCGCCUUACUUCUACGUCAAUUACCUGACAUAUCCCGGGAUAUACGGAGAUGAGCAGGUGCUGUCGCCUCUGCAGCGUUUCCUGGCCUCUCCUCUGCUUAGCUUCCUACCACAAAUGACUCUCGCGCUAGGCACCGGCCUGGCUUUUGGCAGACAGAGAGAAGACCUGCCGUUUGCGUGGUUCGUUCAGACUGCGGUAUUCGUCAUUUUCAAUAAAGUGUGCACGUCGCAAUACUUCCUCUGGUACCUGGUUUUCCUUCCGCUGCUGAUCCCUCGAUUGUCUAUGUCUAAAUGGCAAGCAUUGCUCUGCGUGGGUGUUUGGGCGGGUGUGCAGGCACUGUGGCUUGCGGAGGCGUAUAAGCUCGAAUUCCUCGGCGAGAACGUCUUCCUCGGGCUGUGGGUCAGAGGGCUGAUAUAUGUAAUCGGCAAUUGCUGGGUGUUGACGAGACUCAUGGCUGCGUACGCCGUAUAA